AUGAACAACGCCACCUGUGACUACGUGACUGGGACUUGCUACUGCAGCAUAGGCUUCAAAGGGAUCCGCUGUGAUCAGGCGGCCCUGAUGAUGGAGGAUUUGAACCCUUACACUAAGAUCAGCCCAGCCCUGGCCUCGGAGCAGCAUUCUGUUGGAGCUGUGUUGGGGAUUGUGUUUCUAUUGCUCCUCAUCCUCUCCAUGUCUGGCCUGGUGCUUUGGUUCCGCUACAGGCAAAGGGAGAAGGCCCAGCAGGCCCCCAGUGUCGCCUACAACCCAGCCCUCCACAUGGGGACUACCGACUACUCCCUGUCCGGUCUUCAGUGCAUAGGAGUGCUGCCCUCUCCAGACUCUUCUCCCAGGAACAGCUCGGUGGUCGUUGGAGGCGGGGGAGGUUGUUUCUCCAACCCGAGCUACCACACCUUGGGCCCCUGCACCUACGCCGCCUUCUACUCCAAACCAAAGAAGAAGCCCAGCAAGGUGAAAUCCAAGAGGCGUCACAGGAACAGUGCUCCGGAGUGGGGCGCCUAUUGCAACCUGCGGGAGCUGGGUGUGUACUGUCUGGAUGGGCGGAGGCUCAGUUAUCACAUGGACCCCAGAUUCAGAGGUUGGUCUCUGCUCCACUGUUCUUCUCCUAUUUGA